GCCACGCGUCAGUCAUCGUAUCAUGGCCGAUGGUGGGACCUUUAAAGAAAUAUGUCAUGUUAUAGUUUUAUGUGUUAUAUGGUAUGCAGUAAGUAGCGGUAACGGAGUAAUUGGUAAAACGGUAUUGAACGACUUGCCUUAUCCGAUGACGGUAACUAUGGUUCAAUUAUUAACUGUCACCGUCGGUUGCGGUCCGAUGAUAGCGUUGACCGGAAUCCAAACCCACCACGUGUCCAUCACCUGGAAUCAUUACAUUAAAUUUAUCGUACCGUUAGCUUGUGCUAAAUUCUUUUCUUCCGUUUCUUCUCAUAUUAGUAUAUGGAAGGUACCAGUUUCUUACGCUCAUACGGGACGAAUAAUACUAUGAAUUUCUCGCAUUUUCAAGGGGUAAUUUUUAAGAAAAUAUUGCAAUUACAUAACACUUUUUGGCUUAUUUCAUUACUGUAUAUAACAGACUUCAUCAGUUUAUAGUCAGAUUCGAUCAACUUUCGUGGAUCAAAAGGACUGGUGAUCUAGGUUACCAUCAUAUUUUAAAUUUUUAUUUAAAGUUUAUUAAUUUAUUCUUAUAAAAUUAUGCUUUAAAAAGUAAUUAUAUUUGAUUAAA